AAUGAACUGGUAUAUAUGUAUUGCCUCAUAUCCACAGUUUCCAAAACUACAUUCAUUCAUCUUCUAACCGCUUCAUCCUCUUGAGGGUCGCGGGGGGGCUGGAGCCUAUCCCAGCUGACAUCGGGCGAGAGGCAGGGUACACCCUGGACAGGUCGCCAGACUAUCGCAGGGCUGACACAUAGAGACAGACAACCAUUCACGCUCACAUUCACACCUACGGACAAUUUAGAGUUAUCAAUUAACCAAGCCGGAGUGCCCGGAGAGAACCCACGCUGACACGGGGAGAACAUGCAAACUCCGCACAGAAGGGCUCCCACGCCUGGAAUCGAACCGGCAACCCUCUUGCUGUGAGGCAAGAGUGCUAACCACCACACCACUGUGCCGCCCUUCCAAAACUACAGUUUUGUGGAUUUUUCUAAUUGAUCUACCUCUUCACAAUUCUUCUUUCAGCUUGAGAAGUUGCAUGCCCUUGGCUUCAAGCCCCUGCUGCUUAUAGCCUAUCCACCAAAGAGAUUGCCAGGGACAUCCAAAACCAGGAUGAUUCCAGUGGAUGCCCACCUCAGCACACCUGCUAAGACGUGCCUGGAUAAUGUGGACGCCAUCUACAAAUUGAUGGUUGAAGGUUGGACAAGUCGCAACCCAGACCAUGUUGAUGACCCCCACACACUGCCACUGCCCCAAGACCCUCCCAACCAACUGCCUCAAGAGGAUGACAGUUUUGUUUUAAAUUUGGUGCCAUGUGACCCAACAGUCAUCACCCAGCUACCACAGCAGGAAACAGCCGAACCACCACCACCACCACCACCACUACCACUACCACCAAACCAGGCUUCACCCCUCCAGGAACAGGCACACCAUGCUUCACCUAUCCACACAUCACCUCAGAAGGCUCCACCCCCCCACACAUCACCACAGAGGGCUUCACCCAACCACACAUCAUCUCAGCAGGCUUCACCCACCCACACAUCAUCUCAGCAGGCUUCACCCACCCACACAUCACCACAGAGGGCUUCAUCCAUCCAGGAGUCAGUACACCAGAUGCAAGAUACGCAGCCACCACAGCAGGGUCGACAGUCACGUAAAAAGAAAAAUAUGAAAGAUUGCCCUCACAACCAGCUAGAAAUGUUCGCUAUCCGCGAAAUAUUAAAGACAAGGAACAGAAAGGGGAGAACAGAACAUCUGUAUGACUGGCAGCCCUGCACCCUUUGCGGAAAGACCUGGCCUCCAUCCUGGCAGCCAGCCUGAUUCCUGUCAUGCAGCCAGCCUGCAAACAUAUUUUAAUUUUUAACUAAACAUGAGAAAUUACAUGUUUAUCAAUUAAUUUUUUUUUUUACUAUUGACUGUUAUUGCUCCUUCA